CUCCCUCCCACCUCCGCUCCCGGCCGGGGGCGCCCCCAACCCGGCUUCAGCCUGCGCGAGGCCCCCCCGCCCUUGCCCAGUACUCCGCUCCGUCUGUGUGCUCCGGGAUGGCGGGUUACCUGAACGCUGUGCGCUCCCUAGGCAGAACCUCCUCCUCGGUCCUGGGCAGAACCCCAGGGGCCUUGGCCCCGGCAGCCCUGAGCCUGCAGGGAGGGCAACCACGCCGCAACUAUGCAGACAGACGGAUCAAGGUGGACAAGCCUGUGGUGGAGAUGGAUGGAGAUGAGAUGACUCGUAUCAUCUGGCAGUUCAUCAAAGACAAGCUCAUCCUACCCCACGUGGAUGUACAGCUCAGAUACUUUGACCUGGGGCUCCCACACCGUGACCAGACAGAUGAUCAGGUCACCAUUGACUCGGCACUAGCCACUCAGAAAUAUAGCGUCGCCGUCAAGUGUGCCACCAUCACUCCGGAUGAAGCCCGUGUGGAAGAAUUCAAGCUAAAGAAGAUGUGGAAAAGCCCCAAUGGGACUAUAAGGAACAUUUUAGGGGGAACAGUAUUCAGGGAACCCAUCAUCUGCAAAAACAUCCCGCGCCUUGUUCCUGGUUGGACAAAACCCAUCACGAUUGGCAGGCAUGCACAUGGUGAUCAGUACAAGGCCACUGACUUUGUUGUAGACAAGGCGGGCACUUUCAAGGUGGUGUUUACUCCAAAAGAUGGCAGUGGUGUAAAGCAAUGGGAAGUCUACAACUUCCCUGCUGGAGGUGUGGGCAUGGGCAUGUACAACACUGAUGAGUCUAUCUCAGGUUUUGCACAUAGUUGCUUCCAGUAUGCCAUCCAGAAGAAGUGGCCCCUCUACAUGAGCACCAAGAACACCAUCUUAAAGGCCUAUGAUGGUCGCUUCAAAGACAUCUUCCAGGAAAUCUUUGACAAGCACUAUAAGACAGAUUUUGACAAGAACAAGAUUUGGUAUGAACACCGACUCAUUGACGACAUGGUAGCCCAAGUACUCAAGUCUUCAGGUGGUUUUGUCUGGGCCUGCAAGAAUUAUGAUGGCGACGUGCAAUCUGAUAUACUAGCCCAGGGCUUUGGUUCUCUUGGCCUAAUGACUUCAGUGCUGGUCUGCCCAGAUGGGAAGACCAUUGAGGCGGAGGCCGCUCAUGGAACUGUCACUCGCCAUUACCGAGAGCACCAGAAGGGCCGACCCACUAGCACCAAUCCCAUUGCCAGCAUCUUUGCCUGGACAAGAGGCUUAGAGCACCGAGGAAAGCUGGAUGGUAACCAGGACUUGAUCAAAUUUGCACAGACUCUGGAGAAGGUGUGUGUUGCAACGGUAGAGAGCGGAGCUAUGACCAAGGACCUCGCUGGCUGUAUCCACGGGCUAAGCAAUGUGAAGCUGAAUGAGCACUAUAUAAAUACCGAAGACUUCCUGGACACAAUCAAGAAGAACUUAGACAGAGCUCUGGGCCAGAAAUAGGUGUUGGUAGGGAGCAGCUCUGGCUGCAGGUUAGGAGGUGGGAGUAGAGCAUGAGGUGGGCAGGUAUAACACCUUUCCUGUUCUCUUCUCUAACCUCCCUUCUCCCCCCCCCAUCUCCCUCAGCAUGGAAGGAUCCAUAACCUUUUCACUUGGAAAUUUGGACAGGAAAUAUGUGCUGGGGAUACUUUUUAUAAGCUGGUGGGGUGGGGGGUUUUUAAAAGAUUUUUUUUUCCUAGAGGGUAUGUGAGGUAUGAGUUUCGAGGCAUGUUUUGCCUCAGCCAAAGUUGAUGUUUCACAUACUGUAAUUUAUAUGCCAUCCUCUGAACACACUGUGCCAUAUUUAGCUACUAAACUCUCUUUACAAAGCU